CGUUGGGCGAUGCCUGAUGGAUGUUCCUUCUGCAACAAGGCAGCGGGAUAAUGAGCACUGCGGUGUUAUGAUCACCUGUGCUGCAGUGGUGCCCACUGGCCACAGUGCUACCGGGCCGACACAGAGAGACGGUCGGUGCCUGUCCAAGGGAACACGCUCUCUGCUCCGUGGUGCUCACCAUCUGCCUGGUGCCGGCCAGGUGAACUCAGCAGGAGAUCCUAGCGGUCACUGCAACAAAUCUGCAGCAAGCUCCGCAUCAAGUUCUGCUGUCUUUCCUUUCCAUUGCUUCUACUAGCGGCAAGGGAGCGUGUGGAACUGUGGGGAGAGAAAUGUAAUUGACUGGCAAAAGCUCAGAUUUUGCAGGUGUCUCUUGUAGUUACUCAGGGCUCAUUAGAUAGCUUAGCACCCAUAAAAGUUGUGAAACAUGUUCAAGGCAAAGAAUUGCAAGAAAGGAAAAAGCAAUUAACAAGAAAGACCUGCGCCUUCUGCUUUGUGUUUAAUGUUUUUACUUUUCCUCAAACACAGAGCUUGUAGUCAGGACACCGAUGAUCUGCAGAUCAAAAUGAUAACAGAAAUAACGUCCUUGAAUUCCACAGAAAUAGAUGUAGAUGGAGGAAUUGAUCAAGACAUCUUUGACAUCAAUGAAGCUUUAGGAUUAGACCUUUUUGAGGGAGACAUCAAACUUGAUGGGGUGAGUUCAAGAAACUCCAUCAUUGGUGACAACUAUCGGUGGCCCCAUGUUAUCCCCUAUGUCCUUGAAGAUAGCCUGGAAAUGAAUGCUAAGGGGCUCAUCCUCAAGGCAUUUGAACAGUAUCGACUAAAAACCUGUAUUGACUUCAAACCUUGGGAAGGGGAGAAGAAUUACAUAUCUGUCUUCAAAGGAAGUGGCUGCUGGUCCUCAGUGGGAAACCGCCAAGAGGGGUUGCAGCAGCUCUCCAUUGGAGCCAACUGUGACAAGAUUGGGACGAUCCAGCACGAGUUCAUGCACGCCUUGGGAUUCUGGCAUGAGCAGUCACGGUCCGACCGGGACGACUACGUGUCCAUCAUGUGGGACAGGAUUCAGGCCGGUAAAGAUCAUAAUUUUGACAAAUACGAUGAUAAAACAUCAGACUCCCUGAAUGUUCCCUAUGACUAUACUUCUGUGAUGCACUACAGCCAAAAUGCAUUCAGGAAUGGAACUGAACCCACCAUUGUCACUAACAUACCAGACUUCAUGGACGUUAUAGGACAGCGAAUGGAUUUCAGUGAUUAUGAUCUCCAGAAACUGAACCGGCUGUACAAUUGCGCCUCCUCCCUAAGUUUCAUGGACACAUGCAGUUUUGAACUUGAAAAUAUAUGUGGCAUGAUUCAAAGUUCAGAUGAUAACAGUGAUUGGCAGCGUUUGUCUCAUGUUCCUGCUGGGCCAAAUACUGAUCACACUAAUAUGGGAGAAUGCAAAGAUUCCGGCUACUUCAUGCAUUUCAACACCAGCGCUGGAGCAGAGGGAAGCACAGCUAUCCUGGAGAGCCGAAUUCUGUAUCCCAAAAGGGGCUUUCAGUGCCUACAAUUCUAUUUCUAUAACAGCGGUCAUGAAAGCGACCGGCUGUAUGUUGGGGUCAGGGAGUAUACUUCGGCUCACCCGAAUGGUACUUUAAGACUCAUUGAAGAGGUAAAAGGUUCACCUGAGAAUUACUGGCAGCUCCAUCAUGUUUCUUUGAAUGUCACAAGUAAAUUCCGGGUUGUGUUUCAAGGCGUGAGAGGAAGCGGCUUAUCAAAUGGAGGCCUCUCUAUUGACGACAUCAAUUUGUCAGAAACUCAGUGUCCCCACCAUGUCUGGCAUAUCAGAAAUUUCACACAUCUCCUCAAUACAAGUCCAGCAGGGGAAGCAGGAAAAAUAUACAGUCCACCUUUUUACUCUAGUAAAGGAUAUGCUUUUCAGGUCAGCUUGUAUGUAAAUGGUACCACUGAUAACCCAUUUAAUUUAGGAAUGUACUUGUACUUGAUUUCUGGAGCAAAUGAUGAUCAGUUGCAAUGGCCCUGCGCGUGGCAACAAGGUACCAUGAUUCUGCUUGACCAGCAUCCUGAUAUUCGUCAUCGGAUGUCAAACCAAAGAAGUAUAACAACUGACCCUCUGAAACUAUCAGAUUCCUCAUCAACGUAUUUUUGGGAUAGGCCAGAUAAAGUGGGAUCCACAGCAUCUUUUCCCAAUGGAACCCAAUUCAAGAGAGGUCCAGGAAGUGGAACAAACACCUUCUUAACUCAUCAGAGACUUAGAAGCCGCAACUUUAUUAAAGAAGAUGGUGUUUAUAUUCUUUUAACAAUGGAAGACAUAUCACAUCUACUAUCAACUCAGCCAAGUGUUCCCAAUUUCUGCCCAGACAACCCUUGUGAAAAUGAUGGUGUCUGCGUUGUUGUAGAUAGAGAACCUGUGUGCAGAUGUCCAGCAGGUGACAACUGGUGGUACAUGGGAGCAAAGUGUGAAAGGAAAGGUUCGACUCAAGAAAAUACUGUAAUAGCUGUUUCUUCAACCAUAGCUGUAUUUGUUGUAAUGCUUAUUGUCACUAUCACAACCGCGGUGUGCCUUAAAAAGAAAUACAGCAAAGGAAAGAAAAAUGGUGAGAGCCGGCAUCAAGCAGAAAAUGAAACAAACUUCUGAAGAUAAUACAAACCAACAUCAAAGACACAAGAUGAACAUCACUUGAAAACCACAACCACGUCAUCGUUCUUUCUGUUACUUUUAUCUCAACCAUCAUGAUAAAGGUUUGUAAAGUCUGGAAAAUAAUUCAUCAUCUGGAUAAAAUACUGUGCUAAAGUCAUUGAAGUGUCUGACAGUGUUGUGUGUCGCCACGCAAUGGAGAAAUAUGGAAAUAUGUUGUAUGACAUCCU